UGCGCCGACCCAAGUGGGCGGGGAAAGACGAUCAGGCCCGACCGGUCUGGCUUUCCUAACCUGACAGCCGCCAUUUCGGAGCUUACUUCCCGGCCCUCCUUUAGCGACCUCGCGCCUCCAGGCCCGGGAGCACCUGCCCCAGGCGCAGUCUGGCACCACUGGCUUCAUGGAACCGAGCUGCCCAGUGACGUCAUACCCGGAGACUUCCGGUUCCCGCUCUUGAGGUUGGAGUCUCAUGUGCGGACGUUUCCAGCAGAGGCUCCCGCAGUCUUUUAAUGGAAGGGCUGGUGCUCUGGGAGGAAGAUGCAGAAACAACAGGCUCCAUCCCUAUCCAGAGAUUAAACUCCAUGAAACCAUUGCAUUUGUGCCUUGUUACACAUGGGGAAAGCUGCUUGAGCACCUAGGCAAUUCUUCAGACAGUCAUCAUGGGUAUUCGAGGACUAAUGAGUUUUGUGGAAGAUCACAGUAAUGAGUUCUUCACUGAUUUGAAGUUGCGAGACACAAAAAUUGUCAUUGAUGGCUAUGCUCUCUUCCAUCGGCUUUGCUUCAACUCAAACUUGGAACUUCGGUAUGGAGGGGACUAUGACUCUUUUGCAGAUGUUGCACAAAAAUUCUUUGAAUCACUGUUUGCUUGUAAUAUCUGUCCAUAUGUUGUAUUAGAUGGAGGAUGUGACAUUUCUGAUAAAAAGCUUAAAACUCUAAAGGAUCGAGCUAGAGAGAAGAUCCAGAUGGCUCAUUCCCUUUCUGUUGGUGGGGGUGGGUAUGUGUGUCCCUUACUCAUCCGGGAAGUGUUCAUACAGGUUUUGGUCAAGCUACAGGUGUGUUUUGUCCAGUGCUUUUCAGAAGCAGAUCGGGACAUUAUGACACUAGCUAAUCAUUGGAAUUGCCCUGUGUUAUCAUCAGAUAGUGACUUUUGCAUCUUUGACCUAAAAACUGGGUUUUGCCCAUUGAAUAGCUUUCAGUGGAGAAAUGUGAACACUAUCAAAGGCACACAAGACUGCUAUAUCCCUGCCAAGUGCUUUUCCCUGGAUGCACUCUGCCAUCAUUUCAGCAAUAUGAAUAAAGCUCUACUGCCUCUCUUUGCGGUGCUAUGCGGAAAUGAUCAUAUUAAUCUGCCCAUCAUAGAGACAUUCUUAAGUAAAGUACGUCUUCCUCUUGGAGCUACCAGUUCUAAGGGGAGGAGACAUCACCGAGUUUUGGGACUUCUGAAUUGGUUAUCUCAUUUUGCCGACCCUACUGAAGCACUGGAUAAUGUUCUGAAAUAUCUCCCCAAAAAGGAUCGUGAAAAUGUUAAGGAAAUUCUCUGCUGUUCCAUGGAAGAAUACCAGCAAUCUCAGGUGAAGCUGCAGGACUUUUUCCAGUAUGGUACUUACGCCUGUCCAGCCGCCUUGAAUCUGGACUUACCAGAAUGGGUAUUAGUAGCUUUGGCCAAAGGCCAGCUAUCUCCUUUCAUCAGCGAUGCUUUGGUGCUAAGAAGGACCAUUCUUCACACACAGGUGGAAAAUAUGCAGCAACCAAAUGCCCACAGAGUAUCUCUGCCCAUCCGGCAAAUCAUCUAUGGGCUUCUUUUGAAUGCCUCUCCACAUCUGGAAAAUAUGUCCUGGGAUGCAUUGCCUUCUCAGCCUCUAGCUUUCAGCGAAAUGGAAAGGAUUAAUAAAAAUAUCAAAACAUCGAUUGUUAAUGCAGUAGAACUGCCCAAGGAUCAUUCUGACUUAAGCAAAUUGACUGAGGUAAGUGUAACACUAAUCUAAUUUUUGUAAAGUAUCUUACAGGUUAAAAAGUGCUUUCAUGCAUAUUAUCUCUCUUAAUGUAACCAAAUGAGGUUGGUUGCUCUAGUCCCCCCAUUUCAUAGCGGAGAAAACUAGGACUCAAAGUAGGUUACUGUGUGAUAUGUCAGCCAGAGGGUUGCAGUCAAACCCAGGUUUUUAGCCCCAGAUCUGCCAUUUGCACUCUACUUUAGUAGUCUGUGUUAUUUUGCAGUUAUUACUACUAGUUUGUUGAUACUAGCUGUUAAUAAAUUGGGGUCAUGUGCCUUUAGAAAAAGAAAAAAUUCUGAGCUGCAAAAAGAAGUGUGCCUUGAAGGUAUUGAUCAUAGGCAUAAUGAAUAUCUUAGACUGCAUCAGAUUUCCAUUAAUAAGAUUAAUACUAAUUCUUGCUUGGUCUAAUUUUUCAUUUUUAUCGAUGAGGACCUUUUUCUUAGGCUUUAGGUUUAUGGCAUCAUGAUGAUUAGUUUGAUAUUGAAAAUAUGAAUCUUAGCCUCAGUGUUGUUUAAACCUGAGUAACACUCAGACCAAUCCACUUUUCAAGGUAAAAAAUAAUUUAUGGAUCCCAGUGUUUAUUGUUUGUAAUAUUACAUAAAUAUAUUAAAAAUUAUAAAUAGAGGGGCACGUAGGUGA